CCCAAGGUUAAAAACAAUUGUAACCCAGCAACAUGGAUGGUGGAGGUAACCUCACCAUCUGUGGAGGCUGAACUAGGAGCUGAUUUUGCAGAAAUUUACAUGAAAUCUGCUUUAUACGAGAACAACGAGCUUGUAAGGCAGUUGAGUGAUCCACCUCGUGGUUCAAGAGAUCUUCAUUUUCCAACCCAAUUUUCACAAAGCAGCUGGGUCCAGUUUAAAUCUUGCCUAUGGAAACUACAUUUUUCCUAUUGGAGAAGUCCUUCAUAUAAUUUGACACGUCUCUUGCUAACUGUAAUAAUAUCUUUGGCUUUGGGCUUAGUAUUUUGGAACCAAGGACAGAAAAUAAACAACCAGCAAAAUGUGUUCAAUAUUUUCGGUUCAAUGUUUUCUGCUGUGGUCUUUCUGGGGAUGAAUAGCAGCUUAUCUGUACAACCAUUUGUUGCCACAGAGGGUUGUUAUAUAUCGAGAAAGAUUUGCAGGGAUUUACUCUUCUUGGGCUUAUGCACUAGCACAGGUACGUUCUCUUACGCAUCAUAAAUUAAAACGAACUUUUUAUUUUCUUUCUUUUCGAG